UCACCGCACCCUACGAACGGUCCGAAGCUACUCGUUUGGCAGUCGGCUCAGUCACUUGGCUUCCAAAAUGUCUCAUAAAGAGAAUGCAAAUGAGAACCAGGAUGACCUAAAAAGCCCUGAAAUAUUUGAUCCUGAUGAUCCAGAGUGUCAGCGACAAAUGUGGAGGCCACCUGACAUAAAGCAAGAUGUUCAAGAAAUGGAGCGGCGAAAGCGAGUAGAAAUUAUUAUGAACAGCCAAGUAUUUCGUGAAGAACUGGAGCGAAUAAUCGAAUCACAGAUGAGUGAAGGCCAUGUGCAAGCAAACCUAUCUGCUCUCCAACAAGUGACAGAAUUGCUGAUGCCUCACACAUCACGCUCAAGUAGUUCUAUGGUACGGUCAGGCUUUUGUGUCAUUCCGAUCAAUGACAUUCGGGGUGUUGAUGGACUACGAUACGCCAAAGGAGAAAAGGUUCAAAGAGCUAAAUUGGCUGCAGUGUACAGGCUGAUAGAUUUAUAUGGAUGGGCUGAAAGUAUGUUCAACAACAUUACUGUUCGUGUAAGUCAAGACCAGGAGCAUUUCCUUUUACAUCCGUAUGGCUUACAGUAUCAUGAAAUCACUGCAUCUGCUUUGCUGAAAGUGGACAUGCAGGGGAAUGUCAUUGAUCCUGGUACAACAAAUUACACAUUCAAUCGAUCUGGGUUUUCUCUUCAUGCAGCCAUCCAUGCUGCCAGACCUGACUUGAAAUGCAUCAUUCAAGUUCAUCAUCCUCCAUGUAUAGCUGUUUCUGCAACUAAAUGCGGUUUAUUACCAAUUAGUCAAGAAGCGGCAAUUUUGGGUGAAAUCAGCUACUGUGAUUUUCAUGGUGUGCCAUCUGAUCAGUCGGAAAGAGAACAUAUUGCUCGGAGUUUAGGACCUAUCAAUAAGGUCUUGAUUUUAAGAAAUAGAGGAUUGCUAGUUUGUGGAGAAUCAAUUGAAGAAGCUGUGUUUAUGUUGCAUAAGGCAGUUGCGGCUUGUGAAACUCAGGUCAGGUUGAUGCCAAUUGGAAUUGAUAACAUCCAAAUGAUGUCUGACCAAGCAAUUAAGCAUGAAAGAGAUAUCAUUGCAGCUGGCGGAUAUCCCCCGGAAAUUAAAGAUGAUGAACCACCCGGAGGAGAUGAAGACAAAGAACGUGCUGAACCGAAAGAAAAGCCCAAAAAAUGGAGAAUCUGGGAUUUAGAAUUUGAAGCUUUAAUGAGAAUGUUGGAUAAUGCAGGUUUUCGUACUGGUUACACAUUUAAACAACCUAUGAUUAGAACAGAUCAAGUACGGCAAAAGAAUGAUGUAGAGGUUCCACCUGCAGCAUCUUCAUAUUCUCAGUAUUUUGGAGAAGACAAGUGGUUAAGCCCACUGAAGAAACUUGUAGAAGGUCGUAAAACUCAGGAUAAACUUCGCUGGGUAAAUUCGCCAAAUGUAUACCAAAAAGUAGAAGUUUUGGAAACAGGAACACCUGACCCAAAAAAAAUUACUAAGUGGGUACAGGAGGGUUCCCCAUCGCACAGCACUGCUAUCAAAAUUCAGACUCCACAUCAGUUCAUUCCCAAAAUUAGUGACAUUGGAGAGUUUAAACGCAAACAGAAAGAGUUGAAAGAAAAUCGAAUGAAAUCCAAAGUCACAGCUGGUCCUCAAUCAAAUAUCUUAGAAGGAGUCACAUGGGAAGAAAUUCGUAAAAUGCAAGAUGCAAUGGUAAAUGCAGCUGGAGACCAAGUUGUUUUAGUUGGUGCUGCCUCUAAGGGAAUAAUUCAACGUGAAUAUCAGCAUAAUGCUAUGGUAUACAAGAGUGCUUAUUCCAAAAAUCCAUUCGAUAACAUCACAGAACAAGAUUUAGAGGAGUACAGGAACAUUGUAGAACGAAGGCAAAGAGGGGAAUCAAUUGAAGAAGAAGUUCCAGAUGAAAUAAAGCAUCUAUUAAUGGAACCUGUUAGUCAACCAUCAAAACCGCAAAUCUCGACUCCGCCCACUGGAAAAUCACCGCCACCUGUUUCUCCUCGUCCAACAAAAAGUAAGGAUUCUGAAAAUGUUGCUGUCCAGAAGGCAAUGUCAUCUGCUAUUGCAGAGCAAGACAGUAUAGAAAAAAAAUCGAAUUUCUUCAAACGCACUUUUUCUGAGAGGAAAUCUAAAACAAAAUCUGCACAAGUAAUCAAUGGACAAAAAAUGAAGUCCUUGGGAAGUGGUGAAGUAUCUGUAACCUCGCAAAGUAGCAAAGAGGGUUCUCCUACUAAAGAAUUAAGUGAAACUUCACCUAAAAAAGAAAAAGAAAAGAAAGAGAAGAAGAAAGGUGGUAUUAAAGCUCCAUCCUUUUUAAAGUCUAAGAAAAAGCACAAAAAAGAAAAGGAAAGAAAAGAAAAAGGGGCAUCUGAAAUGUAAAAGAUAUUUUUGGAAUGAAUUGAAAAGAAUGUGAAGUGAUUGUUCAUGAAAUGUGCAUAAUAUUCAUCUAUCUGCAUACAACACUUCAAUAGUGCUUUUUAGAGAAUUUUUCAUACAUAUAUUUAUUUUAUUGCUGAAUUUUUAUAGAUUGGUUGACCUAGAGGAGAAGCGUUUUAUCGAGAGGAAAUUUACCGUUGCAAAAUGUAAUUAUGUGCUUGACAAAAAACAGUUGCAUUUUAGCUGUUUCUUACAAGUUAUUUAUGCUAGAUUUGCAUUUUUAAAUUCAUUUUGGCUUUUAAAUAUUUACUGAAAUUGUUUUAAAAGUUAAUAACUACUCACUUGUAAAAGGUUUUAAUGUUUUCAUACAAUGUUUUGAACUUUUACAUUGAUCUGCUUUUAAUCAAAAUGUUGAAAUAGAUAUUUUCUUUUCCCAUUUUAUUAUUUGUAGUAUUCUUUUAGUCUACAAAUAAUUGAUUUUGUGAUAAAUAUUUUUCAAAGUGUUUAUUUUGAGUAAAACAGAUGGAAAUAUGUUUCUUUAGAUAUGCAGCUAACUCCUUUAAGAUAGUUAGUAGAUAUAAAAGGGAGUCUUGUUUAGUUUCUAUUUUGUAAGGAUUAUUUCAUCAAACAAAAUAGUUAUAACUGAAAAAAAAAAUAAUUUUCUUGAAUUCUGUAAUUACUUAGAUUUUUGUAUUUGAAAAAUACCCUUGAAAAUUUAAUGUAAGAAUUCAUAAAAGUGUAUUUUAAUCCCUCCCCCCUUUUAUUUUUACUUUUUUUUCACAUAAAAGUAUUUUAUCUGUGAAAAUUUAAAGAUUUCACUAUAGAUUAUAUAUCUCUUAAAAAAAAAAAAAACAGAUUUCAAUAUUGUCAUUCUAGUUAAUUUUCUCUGAUAAAAAUUUUGUUAAGUUAGGGGAGUUGAACUGCGUUAAUAUAAGCACUAGUAUGUGUAUCAUCCAAGCAUAAGUUAAAGCAUUUGCAUCACUAACCAUUUUUAUUCAUUUUUAAUUCUAGUCAAACUAUUUUUGUUUAGAUUAAGUAACAAAGAAAAAUGGUUCCUCAUUUCACAAGCAAAAUCAAACUUAGUCACAGAAAAAUGAAUUUUAAUUUAACUAAGCUUAAUGGAAAAAAUUAGCUUAAUUUGUUAUUUUUUCAAAGGCUACUGUAAAACCCACCGAAAUACAAGGCAGAAUCUAUCAAGAAGAAAUAAGCACUAAAAAACUUACAAACCGUAUCACACACACAUACUUGGUGUUGAAGUUUAAAAUUAAAAAUACAUAUUAUGUCGCAUUUCAGUAUUUGCUGGUGAUUACAGUUUAUAAGUAUUCCAUUAGGAGGUUGGGGAAGGAAUAAAUCUACAACAAAGAAAAUUAUGCAUGUGCAUAUUGUUUUUGUGUAACAAUAGUACACUCCAAAUUUCAAAUUAGUUUUUUACAAUUGUUUUUCUGAUUUUAAAAAAAAAUCAAUUAUUUUUAUUGAUUCAAUUAGGUAUAAAUGAUCCCUCAUGAUGUAGACACAUUAUAAGCUCCAAAACAAUUUUAAUUUACCUUACUUGUGGAAGAAUUUUUUUGGUUUGCAGUCUUCUCAGUAGACUUGGCUACAUAUCACAUUGAGUUUGAAUGUAUUUUCAUUUCCUGUUUAAAAUAAGUAUUUAUUACACCAUAUUUUAAUCAUCAUGUUAGUUGGUUGAAUUUUGGUAAAUGGGAAAUUUGUUAUUAAUUUUUAAGCCCAGCAAUUGAUCGGAGUAUAACCUGGGGUAACAAAACAAUCAUAUGAGUGGAAAAUCAAUUUUCAUGAUACAUUUUACAUGUACUAUAAAUUUUAGACGUUAAGCAUUAUCUUUACUGAAAAAUUGCAAUAAUUCUUGAAAUUGAACUCAUUAGUUUUGCUGUUCCUGGUAAUUUUUUUUCUAAUGCCAUUUUACUAAUUUAAGUCAAUUCCGUAACUUUUUGUAAAUUUACAAUUCUUCCCUUCCCCCCACAACUUAGCUGUAGUGAAAAUCCUAAGUGUCGGGAAAAAUAAUAUUAAAAAAUUUGAACCUUUCAUGACUUUAGUACUGUGCUCCAUCCAAUUAAACAAAUAUAAAAAUUAAUAUGAAGACCUCUCUUUUUU